GAAAAAAGGAGGAGAAAAAAAGAAAGAGAGAAGGGAAAGAGAAGAGAAAGAGAGGAGAAGAAGGAAAAAGAAGAGAGAAGAGGAAAAAAGAAAGGAGAAGAAAAAGAAGGAGAGAAAAUAGAAAGGAGAAAAAGAAAAAGAGGAGAGAAG